AUGGAGAAGGAGGAAGAGACGACCCGGGAGCUGCUGCUGCCCAACUGGCAGGGCAGCGGCUCCCACGGACUGACCAUCACCCAGAGGGACGACGGCGUCUUUGUGCAGGAGGUGAUGCAGAACUCCCCUGCGGCCCGCACUGGGGUGGUCAAGGAGGGGGACCAGAUUGUAGGUGCCACCAUCUACUUUGACAACCUGCAGUCGGGAGAGGUGACCCAGCUGCUGAACACCAUGGGGCACCACACCGUGGGCCUGAAGCUGCAUCGCAAGGGGGACCGUUCCCCUGAGCCUGGCCAGACCUGGACCCACGAAGUCUUCAGCUCCCACAGCUCUGAGGUGGUUCUGAGCGGGGAUGACGAGGAGUACCAGCGCAUCUACACCACGAAGAUCAGGCCUCGGCUGAGGUCAGAGGAUGGAGUGGAAGGCGAGCCUGGGGAGACCCAGAGCCGCACCAUCACGGUGACUAGGAGGGUCACAGCCUACACCGUGGAUGUGACAAGCCGCGAAGGAGCCAAGGACAUCGACAUCAGCGGCCCUGAGUUCAAGAUCAAGAUUCCACGGCACGAACUGACUGAAAUCCCCACUGGGGAUGUGGAGACCCAGCCUGGGAAGACAGUGAUCAGACUGCCCUCGGGCUCGGGGGCACUGUCCCCCACCACAGGCUCCACUGUGGACAUCCAAGCAGGGUCCAUUUCCACUUCAGGACCAGAGCUCCAAGGUGCUGGCCACUCGAAGGUCCAGGUCACUGGGCCUGGGAUAAAGGUGGGAAGCCCGGGUGUUAGUGUCAGUGCCAAAGGCUUGGACUUUGGUAGCAAAGGAGGGGUCCAAGUUCCAGGGGUGGACGUUUUGUCUUCUCUUGGGGGUGGGGCAGCAGAGUGGCAGGGCCCAGCUCUUGAGAGUGGCAAUGAUGGGAAAAUUAAAUUUCCCUCCAUGAAGCUGCCAAAAUUUGGUGUCUCAACAGGGCUUGAGGGUCAGGCCCCAGAGGCAGGGUUGAGUGUUUCUACCCCUGAAUUCUCUGUGGGGCACAAAGGUGGCAAGCCAGGCUUGACCAUUGGCAAGAACAUCCAGACCCCUCAGCUAGAAGUCAGUGGUCCCUCUGCCAGUAUUAAGGGGCUUGAGGGAAAGCUGAAGGGCCCCCAAAUCACUGGGCCAUCCAUUGAGGGUGACCUGGACCUGAAAGGUACCAAGCCACAGGGGAGUUCAAGGGUGGACAUCUCUGUGCCCCAAAUCGAGGGCAGCAUCACUGGCUCCAGGGUGGAAGUUCAGACUCCUAACAUUGAUAUUCAUGGGCCAGGGGGCAAACUGAAUAUGCCCAAGGUGAAGGCCCCCAAAUUCUCUGUAUCAGGUUCUAAGGGAGAGGGAGCUGGCAUUGAUGUGACACUUCCUGGGGUCUCUGGGGAUGUUGGCCUGCCUGAGGUUGCUUCUGGGGGACUGGAAGGGAAGAUGAAAGGUCCUAAAAUCAAGACUCCUGAAAUGAUUGUUCAGACACCUAAAAUCUCCAUGCAGGAUGUGGAUCUGAGCCUCAGGUCCCCUAAACUGAAAGGAGACAUUAGGGUUUCUGCUCCUGGGGUUCAAGGUGAUGUUAAAGGCCCUCAAGUGGCAGUUAAAGGCGCCAAAGUGGACAUAGAGACACCCAGCCUAGAGGGGACUGUGACUGGCCCCAAGUUUAGUGGUCCUUCUGGGAAAGAAGGAACCAGCAGGAUCUCUAUGGCAGACAUAGACUCAAAUGUGGCCGCACUAAAGGUGAAAGGGGGUGUGGAUGUCAUGCUUCCAAAAGUAGAGGGGAAAGUCAGUGUCCCCGAAGUUGAUGUCAGAGGCCCCAAAGUGGAUGUCAGUGCCCCAGAUGUGGACAUUCAUGGUCCGGACUGGAACCUGAAAAUGCCCAAGAUGAAAAUGCCCAAGUUCAGCACUCCAGGAGUUAAAGGGGAAGGGCCAGAUGUAGAUGUGAAUCUCCCCAAAGGUGAUGUCAGUAUUUCAGGGCCCAAGGUCAGUGUGGAAGCCCCAAAUGUCAACAUAGGGGGCCUGGUGGGCAACCUUAAAGGCCCUGAUGUUCAGCUGCCUGAAGUGAGUGUCAAGACACCAAAGAUCACCAUGCCUGAUGUGGAUUUGCAUGUGAAAGGCCCAAAGGUAAAAGGAGAGUAUGAUGUAACAGCAACAAAACUUGAAGGAGAGCUGAGAGGCCCCAAAGUGGACAUUGCUGCCCCUAAUGUGGACGUUCAUGGCCCAGACUGGCACCUGAAGAUGCCCAAGAUGAAAAUGCCCAAAUUCACUGUGCCAGGGUUCAAAGCAGAGGGCCCCGAAGUGAAUGUAAACCUGCCUGAGCCUGAUGUGGACAUUUCUGGGCCCAAGGUAGAUGUCUGUGCUCCAGAUGUGAGUAUUGAGGGACCAGAGGGGAAAUUGAAAGGACCCAAGUUUAAGAUGCCUGAGAUGAAUAUCAAAGCCCCGAAGAUCUCCAUACCAGAUGUGGACUUACAUUUGAAAGGCCCUAGUGUAAAAGGAGAAUAUGAUGUCACAGUGCCGAAGGUUGAAGGUGAGAUUAAAGUUCCUGAUGUUGAACUUAAAAGUGCCAAACUGGACAUUGAUGCUCCAGAUGUGGACAUUCACGGCCCAGACUGGCACCUGAAGAUGCCCAAAAUGAAAAUGCCCAAGUUCAGCAUGCCCGGCCUCAAAGCAGAGGUCCCAGAAGUGGAUGUGAGCCUGCCCAAGACUGACAUUGACAUCGCUGGACCCAAGGUGGAUGUUGAACUUCCAGAUGUGAAUAUUGAAGGACCUGAAGGAAAGCUGAAGGGUCCCAAGUUUAAGAUGCCUGAGGUGAAUAUCAAGGCCCCCAAGAUCUCCAUGCCUGAUGUAGAUUUGCAUAUGAAAGGUCCCAAGGUAAAAGGGGAAUAUGAUGUUACAGUGCCAAAGCUGGAAGGGGACCUGAAGGGGCCAAAGGUAGACGUCAGUGCCCCAGAUGUUGGAGUUCACAGUCCUGAUUGGAACCUAAAGAUGCCAAAGAUGAAAAUGCCCAGAUUCACCAGGCCCAGCCUUAAAGGAGAGGGCCCAGAAUUGGAUGUGAGCCUGCCCAAGGCUGAUGUGGACAUUUCUGCACACAAGGUAGAUAUUAGUGCUCCAGAUCUGAGCCUUGAAGGACCAGAAGGGAAGUUGAAAGGCCCUAAAUUUAAGAUGCCUGAGAUGCACUUCAAAGCUCCCAAGAUGACCCUGCCAGAUGUUGACAUGGAUUUUAAAGGACCCAAAAUGAAAGGGAAUCUAGAUAUGUCUGCACCAAAAAUAGAAGGUGAGAUGAAAGCUCCACAUGGGGACAUCAAAGGUCCCAAAGUAGAUGUUAAAGCACCAGAUGUGGAAGUUCAGGAUGCAGACUGGAGUCUGAAAAUGCCCAAGAUGAAAAUGCCUAAAUUCAGCAUGCCAAGCUUCAAAGGCGAGGGCCCAGAUGUGGACAUGAAACAGCCCAGAGCUGACAUUGAUGUCUCAGGACCCAAGGUGGAUAUUGAAGUCCCAGAUGUGAGCCUUGAGGGGCCAGAAGGAAAGCUUAAGGGUCCCAAGUUUAAGAUGCCUGAGAUGCACUUCAAGGCCCCCAAGAUCUCCAUGCCUGAUGUAGACUUACACUUGAAAGGCCCCAAAGUCAAAGGGGAUGUGGAUGUGUCUGUGCCCAAGACAGAAGGUGAAAUGAAAGUGCCAGAUGUGGACAUCAAAGGCCCCAAAGUGGAUGUUGAUGUCCCAGAUGUGGACGUUCAAGGCCCCGACUGGCAGCUGAAGAUGCCCAAGAUGAAAAUGCCCAAGUUCAGCAUGCCCGGCUUCAAAGGAGAGGGCCCUGAAGUGGACGUGAACCCGCCCAAGGCUGACAUUGAUGUCUCAGGACCCAAGGUGGACAUUGAAGCCCCAGAUGUGAGCCUGGAGGGGCCGGAAGGGAAGCUCAAGGGUCCCAAGUUUAAGAUGCCUGAGAUGCACUUCAAGGCCCCCAAGAUCUCCAUGCCUGAUGUAGACUUACACUUGAAAGGCCCGAAAGUGAAAGGGGAUGUGGAUGUGUCUGUGCCCAAGAUAGAAGGUGAAAAGAAAGUGCCUGAUGUGGACAUCAAAGGCCCCAAAGUGGAUGUUGAUGUUCCAGAUGUGGGCAUUCAAGGCCCCGACUGGCACCUGAAGAUGCCCAAGAUGAAAAUGCCCAAGUUCAGCAUGCCUGGCUUCAGAGGAGAGGGCCCUGAAGUGGAUGUGAACCUGCACAAGGCUGACAUUGAUGUCUCAGGACCCAAGGUGGACAUUGAAGCCCCAGAUGUGAACCUUGAGGGGCCAGAAGGAAAGCUUAAGGGUCCCAAGUUUAAGAUGCCUGAGAUGCACUUCAAGGCCCCCAAGAUCUCCAUGCCUGAUGUAGACUUACACUUGAAAGGCCCCAAAGUCAAAGGGGAUGUGGAUGUGUCUGUGCCCAAGAUAGAAGGUGAAAUGAAUGUGCCAGGUGUGGACAUCAAAGGCCCCAGAGUGGAUGUUGAUGUCCCAGAUGUGGAUGUUCAAGGCCCCGACUGGCAUGUGAAGAUGCCCAAGAUGAAAAUGCCCAAGUUCAGCAUGCCUGGCUUCAAAGGAGAGGGCCCUGAAGUGGAUGUGAACCUGCCUAAAGCUGACAUUGAUGUCUCUGCACCCCAAGUUGAGACUGAAGCCCCAGAUAUGAGCCUUGAAGGUCCAGAAGGGAAGCUCAAGGGUCCUAAGUUUAAGAUGCCUGAGAUGCACUUCAAGCCUCCAAAGAUCUCCAUGCCAGACAUUGAUUUAAACCUGAAGAACCCCAACUUGAAAGGUGAUGUGGAUGUUUCUCUGCCCAAAGUUGAAGGGGGUCUGAAAGGGCCAGAGGUUGACAUCAAAGGUCCCAAAGUGGACAUUGAUGUCCCCAACUUGGAUGUUCAUGGCCCAGACUGGCACCUGAAGAUGCCCAAGAUAAAAAUGCCCAAGAUCAGCAUGCCCGGCUUCAAAGGAGAGAGCCCUGAAGUGGAUGUGAACCUGCCUGAAGCUGACAUUGAUGUCUCAGGACCCAAGGUGGAUGUUGAAGUUCCAAAUGUGAAUAUUGAAGGUCCAGAUGCAAAACUAAAAGGUUCUAAAUUUAAGUUGCCAGAAAUGAAUAUAAAGCCUCAGAAGAUACCCAUGCCUGAUGUUAGUCUGCAUUUGAAAGGCCAUAAAAUGAAAGGAGAUUAUGAUGUUACGGUUCCAAAAGUAGAAGGAGAGAUUAAAGUUCCUGACAUUGACACUGAAGGUACAAAAGUAGACAUUAACGCACCAGAUUUGGGAGUUCAUGGUCCAGACUGGCACCUGAAGAUGCCCAAGAUAAAAAUGCCCAAGAUCAGCAUGCCUGGCUUCAAAGGAGAGGGCCCAGAAGUGGAUGUGAACCUGCCCAAGGCUGACGUUGAUGUCUCAGGACCCAAGGUGGACAUUGAUGUUCCAGAUGUGAAUAUUGAAGGUCCAGAGGGGAAACUAAAGGGUCCCAAGUUCAAGAUGCCAAGCAUGCAUAUACAAACACACAAAAUCUCUAUGCCUGAUGUUGGACUUAAUCUGAAAGCCCCUAAACUGAAAACUGAUGUAGAUGUUUCUCUUCCCAAAGUGGAAGGAGACUUGAAAGGUUCUGGAAUUGACAUAAAAGCCCCUAAAAUGGAUGUGGAUGUUGGUGAUAUAGAUGUUGAAUGUCCAGAAGGAAAGCUUAAGGGUCUCAAGUUUAAGAUGCCUGAGAUGCACUUCAGAGCCCCCAAGAUCUCCAUGCCUGAUGUGGACUUAAACUUGAAAGGCCCCAAAGUCAAGGGGGAUGUGGAUGUGUCUGUGCCCAAGAUAGAAGGUGAAAUGAAAGUGCCGUAUGUGGACAUCAGAGGCCCCAAAGUGGACGUUGAUGUCCCAGAUGUGGACGUUCAAGGUCCCGACUGGCACCUGAAGAUGCCCAAGGUGAAAAUGCCCAAGUUCAGCAUGCCUGGCUUCAAAGGAGAGGGCCCCGAUGUAGAUGUGAACCUACCAAAGGCUGACAUUAAUGUUUCUGGCCCCAAAGUGGACAUUGAUACUCCUGAUUUGGAUAUUGAGGGGCCAGAAGGAAAAUUAAAAGGUUCUAAAUUUAAGAUGCCUAAGUUGAAUAUCAAAGCUCCCAAGAUAUCCAUGCCAGAUGUGGACUUGAAUUUGAAGGGACCCAAACUGAAAGGAGAGAUGGAUGCUUCUGUGCCAGAACUAGAAGGUGAUCUCAAAGGUCCGCAAGUUGAUAUCAAAGGUCCUAGUGUGGAUGUGGAGGUGCCUGACGUUGAUCUGGAAUGUCCUGAUGCAAAGUUGAAAGGCCCUAAGUUUAAGAUGCCAGACAUGCACUUCAAAGCCCCCAAGAUUUCCAUGCCUGAUGUAGACUUACACUUGAAAGGCCCCAAAGUCAAAGGGGAUGUGGAUGUGUCUGUGCCAAAAUGGGAGGGAGAUUUGAAAGGUCCCUGUGUGGAUGUGGAGGUUCCUGAUGUUGAUCAGGAAUGUCCUGAUGCAAAGUUGAAAGGACCUAAGUUUAAGAUGCCUGAGAUACACUUCAAGGCCCCCAAGAUCUCCAUGCCAGAUGUGGACUUACAAGUGAAAGGCCCCAAAGUCAAAGGGGAUGUGGAUGUGUCUGUGCCCAAGAUAGAAGGUGAAAUGAAAGUGCCAGAUGUGGACAUCAAAGGCGCCGAGUUGGACGUUGAUGUCCCAGAUGUGGACGACCAGGGCCCCGACUGGCAUGUGAAGAUGCCCAAGAUGAAAAUGCCUAAAUUCAGCAUGCCUGGCUUCAAAGGCCAAGGCCCAGAUGUGGAUGUGAACCUGCCCAAGGCUGACAUUGAUGUCUCAGGACCCAAGGUGGACACUGAAACCCCAGAUGUGAGCCUGGAGGGGCCGGAAGGAAAGCUUAAGGGUCCCAAGUUUAAGAUGCCUGAGAUGCACUUCAAGGCCCCCAAGAUCUCCAUGCCUGAUGUGGACUUAAACUUGAAAGGCCCCAAAGUCAAAGGGGAUGUAGAUGUGUCGGUACCCAAGAUAGAAGGUGAAAUGAAAGUGCCCGAUGUGGACAUCAAAGGCCCCAAAGUGGACGUUGAUGUCCCAGAUGUGGAUGUUCAAGGCCCCGACUGGCACCUGAAGAUGCCCAAGAUGAAAAUGCCCAAAUUCAGCAUGCCUGGCUUCAGAGGAGAGGGCCCUGAAAUGGAUGUGAACCUGCCCAAAGCUGACAUAGAUGUCUCAGGACCCAAGGUGGACAUUGAAACCCCAGAUGUGAGCCUGGAGGGUCCAGAAGGAAAGCUUAAGGGUCCCAAGUUUAGGAUGCCUGAGAUGCACUUCAAGGCCCCCAAGAUCUCCAUGCCUGAUGUGGACUUACACUUGAAAGGCCCCAAAGUCAAAGGGGAUGUGGAUGUGUCUGUGCCCAAGAUAGAAGGUGAAAUGAAUGUGCCAGGUGUGGACAUCAAAGGCCCCAGAGUGGAUGUUGAUGUCCCAGAUGUGGAUGUUCAAGGCCCUGAGUGGCACCUGAAGAUGCCCAAGAUGAAAAUGCCCAAGUUCAGCAUGCCUGGCUUCAAAGGAGAGGGCCCAGAAGUGGAUGUGAACCUGCCUAAAGCUGACAUUGAUGUCUCAGGACCCAAGGUGGACAUUGAAGGCCCUGAUGUUAACAUUGAAGGACCUGAGGGAAAGUUGAAAGUUCCUAAGUUCAAGAUGCCAGAGAUGAACAUCAAAGCCCCCAAGAUCUCCAUGCCUGACUUUGAUUUGCACCUGAAAGGUCCUAAGGUGAAAGGAGAUGUGGAUGUUUCUCUGCCUAAGGUGGAAGGUGACCUAAAGGCCCCUGACGUUGACAUCAAAGGCCCCAAAGUGGACAUUGAUGUUCCAGAUGUGGACGUUCACGGCCCAGACUGGCACCCGAAGAUGCCCAAGAUAAAAAUGCCCAAGAUCAGCAUGCCUGGCUUCAAAGCAGAGGGCCCAGAAGUGGAUGUGAACCUGCCCAAGGCCAACAUUGAUGUGUCAGGACCCAAAGUGGACAUUGAAGGCCCUGAUGUUAACAUUGAAGGACCAGAAGAAAAGUGGAAAAGUCCAAAGUUUAAAAUGCCUGAAAUGCAUUUUAAGACUCCAAAGAUACCCAUGCCAGAUAUUGAUCUUAAUCUAACAGGUCCAAAGAUGAAAGGAGAUGUGGAUAUCACAUGCCCCAAGGUAGAGCGAGAUUUUAAAGGACCUGAAGUUGACCUCAAAGGACCCAAAGUGGACAUUGAUGUCCCUGAUGUGGAUGUUCAAGGCCCAGACUGGCACCUAAAGAUGCCUAAGAUGAAAAUGCCCAAGUUCAGCAUGCCUGGCUUCAAAGGAGAGGGCCCCGAAGUGGAUGUGAACCUGCCGAAGGCCGACAUUGAUGCGUCAGGACCCAAAGUGGACAUUGAAGGCCCUGAUGUUAGCAUUGAAGGGCCAGAAGGAAAGUUGAUGGGUCCUAAGUUCAAGAUGCCUGAGAUGAACAUCAAAGCCCCCAAGAUCUCCAUGCCCGACUUUGAUUUGCACCUGAAAGGUCCUAAGGUGAAAGGAGAUGUGGAUGUUUCUGUGCCUAAGGUGGAAGGUGACCUAAAGUCCCCUGAAAUUGACAUCAAAGGCCCCAAAGUGGACAUUGAUGUCCCUGAUGUGGAUGUUCAAGGCCCAGACUGGCACAUGAAGAUGCCUAAGAUGAAAAUGCCCAAGUUCAGCAUGCCCAGCUUCAAAGGAGAGGGCCCAGAAGUGGAUGUGAAUCUGCCCAAAGCUGACAUUGAUGUGUCAGGACCCAUGGUGGACACUGAAGGCCCUGAUGUUAAUAUUGAAGGACCAGAGGGAAAGUUGAAAGGUCCUAAGUUCAAGAUGCCAGAGAUGAAUAUCAAAGCCCCCAAGAUCUCCAUGCCUGACAUUGAUCUUAAUCUGAAAGGCCCCAAAGUGAAGGGUGAUGUGGAUGUGUCUUUACCAAAAGUGGAAGGUGAGCUUAAAGUUCCUGAAGUUGACAUCAAAGGCCCCAAAGUGGACGUUGAUGUCCCAGAUGUGGAUGUUCAAGGCCCCGACUGGCACCUGAAGAUGCCCAAGAUAAAAAUGCCCAAGAUCAGCAUGCCUGGCUUCAGAGGAGAGGGCCCAGAAGUGGAUGUGAACCUGCCCAAGGCUGCCAUAGGCAUCUCAGGACCCAAGGUGGACAUUGAUGCCCCAGAUGUGAAUAUUGAAGGUCCAGAUGCAAAACUGAAGGGUCCCAAGUUCAAGAUGCCAGAGAUGAAUAUCAAAGCUCCUAAGAUAUCAAUGCCAGAUUUGGACCUUAAUCUUAAAGACCCUAAAAUGAAAGGAGAGGUGGAUAUUUCACUUCCAAAUGUAGAAGGUGACUUGAAAGGGCCUUCUCUUGACAUCAAAGGCCCGAAGAUAGAUGUAGAUGUGCCAGAUAUUGAUAUUCAUGGCCCAGAAGGCAAAUUAAAAGGUCAAAAGCUGAAGAUGCCUGAUAUGCAUGUAAACAUGCCCAAGAUCUCCAUGCCAGAAAUUGACCUGAAUUUGAAAGGCUCAAAACUUAAGGGAGAUGUUGAUGUUUCUGGACCCAAACUGGAAGGUGACAUUAAAGUUCCCAAGUUAGAUGUAAAGGGCCAGGAAGUGGACAUUUCUGGUCCUAAGCUCAAUAUUGAAGGCAAGUCAAAGAAAUCUCGUUUUAAACUUCCCAAAUUUAAUUUUUCAGGCUCCAAAGUUCAGACACCUGAGGUAGAUGUCAAAGUCAAAAAGCCAGAUAUUGAUGUAACAGGUCCAAAAAUUGACAUUAAUGCUCCUGAUAUUGAGGUCCAAGGAAAAGUGAAAGGACCCAAGUUCAAAAUGCCUUUCCUGAGUAUUUCAUCUCCUAAAGUGUCUAUGCCUGAUGUGGAGUUAAAUCUGAAAGGUCCUAAAGUCAAAGGAGACUUAGAUGUUGCAGGUCCUAAUUUAGAAGGUGAUUUUAAAGGACCCAAAGUGGACAUUAAGGCACCAGAAGUUCAUCUUGAUGCACCUGAUGUGGAUGUUCAUGGUCCAGAAUGGAAUUUGAAAAUGCCCAAGAUGAAAAUGCCCAAGUUCAGUGUGCCCGGCUUAAAAGCAGAAGGGCCAGAUAUGGCUGUGGAUCUGCCAAAAGGAGAUAUCAACAUAGAGGGUCCCAGAAUGGACAUUGAGGGCCCAGAAAUCAAUGUGGAAGGUCUAGAGGGAGGCUUAAAAGGUUCCAAAUUCAAGAUGCCUGAUAUGAAUAUCAAAGCUCCCAAGGUCUCCAUGCCUGAUGUGGACUUACACUUGAAAGGCCCCAAAGUCAAAGGGGAUGUGGAUGUGUCUGUGCCCAAGAUAGAAGGUGAAAUGAACGUGCCAGGUGUGGACAUCAGAGGGCCCAAAGUGGACGUUGAUGUCCCAGAUGUGGAUGUUCAAGGCCCUGACUGGCACCUGAAGAUGCCCAAGGUGAAAAUGCCCAAGUUCAGCAUGCCUGGCUUCAGAGGAGAGGGCCCCGAAGUGGAUGUGGACCUGCCCAAAGCUGACAUUGGUAUUUCUGGCCCCAAAGUGGACAUUGAUGCCCCAGAUGUGAGUAUUGAAGGUCCAGAUGCGAAACUGAAGGGCCCCAAAUUCAAGAUGCCAGAGAUGAACAUCAAAGCUCCCAAAAUGUCCAUGCCUGACCUUGACUUUAACCUGAAGGGCCCCAAACUAAAGGGUGAUGUGGAUGUGUCUUUGCCAAAAGUGGGAGGUGACCUCAAGGCCCCUGAGGUGGACAUCAAGGGCCCCAAAGUGGACAUUGAAACUCCUGAUAUUAACAUUGAAGGCCCAGAGGGGAAAUUGAAGGGGCCCAAAUUCAAGAUGCCAGAGAUGCACCUGAAGGCGCCCAAGAUCUCCAUGCCUAACAUUGAUUUAAACCUGAAGGGGCCCAAGGUGAAGGGUGAUAUAGAUGUUUCCCUUCCCAAGACUGAAGGAGAUCUGAAAGGCCCUGAGAUUGACAUCGAAGGUCCCAAAGUGGACAUUGAUGUUCCAGAUGUGGAUGUUCAAGGCCCAGACUGGCACCUGAAAAUGCCCAAGAUAAAAAUGCCCAAGAUCAGCAUGCCCGGCUUCAAAGGAGAGGGCCCUGAAGUGGAUGUGAACCUCCCCAAGACCAACAUUGAUGUGUCAGGACCCAAGGUGGACAUUGAAGGCCCUGAUGUUAACAUUGAAGGACCUGAGGGAAAGUUGAAGGGUCCUAAGUUCAAGAUGCCAGAGAUGAACAUCAAAGCCCCCAAGAUCUCCAUGCCUGACUUUGAUUUGCACCUGAAAGGUCCUAAAGUGAGAGGAGAUGUGGAUGUUUCUGUGCCUAAGGUGGAAGGUGACCUAAAGGCCCCUGACGUUGACCUCAAAGGCCCCAAAGUGGAUAUUGAUGUCCCAGAUGUGGACGUGCAUGGCCCAGACUGGCACCCGAAGAUGCCCAAGAUAAAAAUGCCCAAGAUCAGCAUGCCUGGCUUCAAAGGAGAGGGCCCAGAAGUGGAUGUGAAUCUGCCCAAGGAUGACGUUGAUGUCUCAGGACCCAAGGUGGAUGUUGAUAUUCCAGAUGUGGAUAUUGAAGGUCCAGAUGUGAAACUGAAGGGCCCCAAGUUCAAGAUGCCUGAGAUGAACAUCAAAGCCCCCAAGAUCUCCAUGCCUGACUUUGAUUUGCACCUGAAAGGUCCUAAGGUGAAAGGAGAUGUGGAUGUUUCUCUGCCUAAGGUGGAAGGCGACCUAAAGGCCCCUGAAGUUGACAUCAGAGGUCCCAAAGUGGACAUUGAUGUUCCAGAUAUGGACGUACACGGCCCAGAUUGGCACCUGAAGAUGCCCAAGAUAAAAAUGCCCAAGAUCAGCAUGCCCAGCUUCAAGGGAGAAGGCCCUGAAGUGGAUGUGAACCUGCCCAAGGCUGACAUUGAUGUCUCAGGACCCAAGGUGGACAUAGACACUCCUGACAUUGAUGUUCAUGGUCCAGAAGGGAAACUGAAGGGCCCCAAGUUUAAAAUGCCUGACCUGCACCUCAAGGCACCCAAGAUCUCCAUGCCUAACAUUGACCUGAAUCUGGAGGGCCCCAACGUAAAGGGUGAUGUGGGUGUUACUCUGCCCAAAGUUGAAGGUGACCUCAAGGGCCCUGAAGUUGACGUCAGAGGUCCCAAAGUGGACAUCGAUGUCCCAGAUGUGGACGUGCACGGCCCAGACUGGCACCUGAAGAUGCCUAAGGUGAAAAUGCCCAAGAUCAACAUGCCUGGCUUCAAAGGAGAGGGCCCAGAAGUGGAUGUGAACCUGCCUAAAGCUGACAUUGGUGUCUCAGGACCCAAGGUUGACAUUGAUGUUCCAGACGUGAAUAUAGAAGGUCCAGAUGCGAAACUGAAGGGCCCCAAGUUCAAGAUGCCAGAGGUGAACAUCAGAGCUCCUAAGAUCUCCAUGCCUGGCAUUGACUUAAACCUGAAAGGACCCAAAGUAAAGGGAGAUGUGGAUGUUUCCCUGCCUAAGAUGGAAGGUGACCUCAAGGGCCCCGAAGUUGAUGUCAAGGGCCCCAAAGUGGACAUUGAUGUCCCAGAUGUGGACAUUCACGGCCCAGACUGGCACCUGAAGAUGCCUAAGGUGAAAAUGCCCAAGUUCAGCAUGCCUGGCUUCAAAGGAGAGGGCCCCAAAGUGGAUGUGAACCUGCCUAAGGCUGACAUUGACGUCUCAGGACCCAAGGUGGACGUUGAUGUUCCAGAUGUGAAUAUUGAAGGUCCAGAUGCAAAACUGAAGGGCCCUAAAUUCAAGAUGCCGGAGAUGAACAUAAAAGCCCCUAAAAUCUCCGUACCUGACCUUGACUUUAACCUGAAGGGCCCCAAAAUGAAGGGUGAUGUUGAUAUCUUUCUGCCCAAAGUUGAGGGUGAUCUCAAGUCCCCUGAGGUGGACAUCAAGAGCCCCAAACUGGACACUGACACUCCUGAUAUCAAUAUUGAAGGUCCAGAUGGAAAACUGAAGGGGCCUAAAUUUAAGAUGCCAGAGAUGAACAUUAAAGCCCCCAAGAUCUCCAUGCCUGACUUUGACUUAAGUCUGAAAGGACCAAAGGUAAGGGGGGAUGUGGACUUUUCACUGCCCAAGGUAGAAGGCGAUCUGAAAGGGCCAGAGGUGAACAUUGAAGGUCCUGAAGGGAAACUCAAAGGACCCAAAUUUAAGAUGCCUGAUGUCCAUUUUAAAACCCCACAAAUCUCUAUGAGUGACAUUGAUUUGAACUUGAAAGGACCUAAGAUAAAAGGAGAUUUGGACACUUCCAUCCCUAAACUGGAAGGAGAUCUGAAAGGCCCCAAAAUAGAUGUUAAAGGCCCUAAGCUGGACAUAGACACUCCUGAUUUUGACAUUAAUGGUCCAGAAGGGAAACUGAAGGGCCCCAAGUUUAAAAUGCCUGACCUGCAUCUCAAGGCGCCCAGGACCGGUGUGCCUGGCUUCAAAGGAGAGGGCCCUGAAGUGGAUGUGACCCUGCCCAAGGCUGACAUUGAUGUCUCAGGACCCAAGGUGGACAUUGAUGUUCCAGAUGUGGACAUUGAAGGUCCAGAUGUGAAACUGAAGGGCCCCAAGUUCAAGAUGCCAGAGGUGAACAUCAAAGCUCCUAAGAUCUCCAUGCCUGGCAUUGACUUAAACCUGAAAGGACCCAAAGUAAAGGGAGAUGUGGAUGUUUCUCUGCCUAAGGUGGAAGGUGACCUCAAGGGCCCCGAAGUUGAUGUCACGGGCCCCAAAGUGGACUUUGAUGUCCCAGAUGUGGACAUUCACGGCCCAGACUGGCACCUGAAGAUGCCUAAGGUGAAAAUGCCCAAGUUCAGCAUGCCUGGCUUCAAAGGAGAGGGCCCCGAAGUGGAUGUGAACCUGCCUAAGGCUGACAUUGACGUCUCAGGACCCAAGGUGGACGUUGAUGUUCCAGAUGUGAAUAUUGAAGGUCCAGAUGCAAAACUGAAAGGCCCCAAGUUCAAGAUGGCGGAGAUAAAUAUCAAAGCUCCCAAAAUCUCCGUGCCUGAUGUCGACCUGGAUUUGAAAGGAUCCACAGGCAAAGGAGAUUUCGAUGUGUCUGUCCCUAAGAUUGAAGGGACUUUCAAAGGCCCAAAAGUAGACCUUAAAGGUCCAGGUCUGGAUCUUGAAGGUCCUGAUGCCCAACUCAGUGGCCCACAUUUGAAGAUGCCCUCACUGGUUAUAUCUGCCCCUAAAGUAACUGCGCCUGAUACUGAUUUGCAUCUCAAGGCACCCAAAAUUGGAGUUUCCGGUCCCAAAUUAGAAGGCGGUGAACUGGACCUCAAGGGACCCAAAGUUGAUUUAGAAGCUCCAAGCUUAGAUGUACACAUGGAGAGCCCAGAUAUUAGCACUGAGGGGCCAGAUGUGAAAAUUCCCAAAUUUAAGAAACCCAAGUUUGGGUUUGGGGCAAAAAGCCCCAAAGCUGACUUCAAAUCACCUUCGCUUGAUGUGACAGUUCCUGAGGCAGAGCUGAAUGUUGAGGCUCCUGAAAUUAGUGUUGGUGGCAAGGGCAAGAAAAGUAAGUUUAAAAUGCCUAAAAUUCACAUGAGUGGUCCUAAAAUUAAGGCCAAAAAACAAGGAUUUGACCUGAAUGCUCCUGGAGGUGAGAUUGAUGCCAGCCUCAAGUCUCCCGAUGUAGAUGUCAACGUUGCAGGGCCAGAUGCCUCACUUAAAGUCGACGUGAAAUCUCCCAAGACCAAGAAACCUAUGUUUGGAAAAAUGUACUUUCCAGAUGUAGAAUUUGACAUUAAGUCACCUAAAAUUAAAGCUGAACUUUCCCUCCCUGGCCCCAAAAUGGGGGGUGAAAUCCAGGCACCUGAUCGGGAUAUUUCCUCACCAGAGAUUAAUGUGGAAGGUCCUGACAUCAAACUGAAGGCUCCCAAGUUCAAGGUGCCAGGUGUGGAUGUCUCAGGGCCAAAAAUAGAGGGAGACUUGAAAGGCCCCAGGGUGCAGGCAAACUUGGAUGCAUCUGACAUCAACAUUGAAGGCCCAGAUGCUAAAGUCAAAGCACCGUCAUUCAGCAUUGCUGCCCCUCAAGUCUCCAUCCCUGAUGUGAAUGUUAACUUGAAAGGACCAAAGAUAAAGGGUGAUGUCCCCAGUGUGGGACUGGAAGGACCAGAUGUAGAUCUGCAAGGUCCAGAAUCGAAAAUUAAGUUCCCCAAGUUUUCGAUGCCCAAGAUCAGCGUCCCUGGUGUGAAGAUGGAGGGUGGGGGAGCUGAGGUCCAGCUGCCCUCUCUAGAAGGAGGCUUGAGCGCACCAGAUGUUAAGCUUGAAGGGCCCGAUGUGUCUCUGAAAGGGCCAAAAAUAGACUUGCCUUCAGUGAACCUCUCUGCGCCAAAAGUCUCUGGACCUGACCUUGACCUGAACUUGAAAGGACCAAGUUUGAAGGGAGGCUUGGAUGUAUCUGUUCCCAGCAUGAAGGUGCAUGCUCCUGGGCUUGACCUCAGAGGUGUCAGUGGAAAGGUGAAGGUGGAAGGUGAUGGUGUGAAAGUGCCUGGAAUUGAUGACACAGCAAUGCUUGAUGUCGGUGCGCCAGAUGUGACCCUGAAGGGACCAAGCCUGCAGGUAGACCUGGCUGUCUCUGGUGACAUCAAGUGUCCUGAAUUAUCAGUAGGUGCUCCUGAUCUAAGCUUGGAGGCACCUGAAGGUGGUAUCAAACUUCCGAAGAUGAAGCUGCCCCAGUUUGGCAUCUGUGCUCCAGGGUCUGACUUGGACAUCGGCGUCAAGGGGCCACAAGUUGCUGGAGAGCUAAAGGGGCCCGGCAUAGAUUUGAACCUCAGAGGCCUGAACCUGAAAGGGCCUCAGAUCUCUGGCCCUCAAAUCUCAGCACCAGAUGUGGACUUGAACUUGGAAGGACCAAAAGCAAAAGGCAGCCUCGGGGCCAGUGGUGAGAUGAAAGGCCCCACGGUUGGAGGAGGUCUUCCGGGCAUCAGUGUUCAAGGCCUAGAAGGAAACCUCCAAAUGCCUGGAAUUAAGUCAUCCAUAUGUGAGGUGGAGCUGCCAGGUGUGAAUGUGAAACUCCCAACCGGGCAUAUUUCUGGUCCUGAAAUCAAAGGUGAUCUGAAAGGUUCAGGAAUAGGUUUCCACGGGGCCUUUCCUGACAUUGGCAUGAAAGGGCCUUCCUUUAACCUGGCAUCUCCUGAGUCAGAUUUUGGUGUCAGCUUGAAAGGCCCGAAAAUCAAAGGAGGCGUGGAUGUUUCAGGGGGUGUCAGUGCCCCAGAUAUCAGCCUGGAUGAGGGGCAUGUGAGCGUCAAAAGUUCCGGGGGGGAGUGGAAAGGACCCCAGGUCUCCUCUGCUCUCAACCUGGAUGCACCUAAGUUUGCUGGAGGACUUCAUUUCUCAGGACCAAAGGUAGAAGGAGGUGUCAAAGGAGGCCAGAUUGGACUUCAGGGUCCUGGGCUGAGCGUGUCUGGGCCUCAAGGUCACUUGGAAAGCGGAUCUGGAAAAGUAACAUUCCCCAAGAUGAAGAUCCCCAAGUUCACCUUCUCUGGCCAUGAGCUGGUUGGCAGAGAAGUAGGGGUGGAUAUUAACUUCCCUAAAGCGGAGGCCAGUGUCCAGUCUGGUGCCGGAGAGGGCGAGUGGGAAGAGUCUGAUGUAAAACUUAAAAAGUCCAAAAUCAAAAUGCCCAAGUUCAACUUUUCCAAACCUAAAGGGAAAGCUGGUGUCACCGGCUCACCGGAAGCCUCCAUUUCAGGGUCCAAAGGUGACUUGAAGAGCUCCAAGGCCAGCCUAGGCUCUCUGGAAGGAGAGGCAGAAGUCGAAACAUCAUCGCCCAAAGGCAAAUUCUCCUUAUUCAAAAGUAAGAAGCCACAGCACCGCUCAAAUUCCUUCAGUGAAGAAAGGGAGCAUUCUAUCCCUCCGGGAACUUUGGAGUUCGAAGGUGGGGAAGUGUCGCUGGAAGGCGGGAAAGUCAAAGGGAAACAUGGGAAGCUGAAAUUUGGUACCUUUGGUGGAUUGGGGUCAAAGAGCAAAGGUCAUUAUGAGGUGACUGGGAGUGAUGAUGAGGCAGGCAAGUUACAGGGGAGCGGAGUGUCCUUGGCCUCUAAGAAGUCCCGACUGACAUCUUCUAGCAGUGACAGUGGGACUAAAGUUGGCAUCCAGCUUCCCGAGGUGGAGCUGGCAGUUUCCACAAAGAAAGAGUAG